AUUGGCAAACUGCGGAUGGGCAGGUCCACUCUCCUUCGGGGAUCCAGAGACAAUGGCCCCGAUGGAAUGGAGCCUGAAGGCGUCAUCGAGAGUAACUGGAAUGAGAUUGUCGAUAGCUUUGAUGACAUGAACCUCUCGGAGUCCCUCCUCCGAGGCAUCUACGCCUAUGGUUUUGAGAAGCCGUCUGCCAUCCAGCAGCGAGCCAUUCUUCCUUGUAUCAAGGGUUAUGAUGUGAUCGCUCAAGCCCAAUCUGGGACAGGAAAAACAGCCACUUUUGCCAUAUCGAUUCUGCAACAGAUUGAAUUGGAUCUAAAGGCCACCCAGGCCUUGGUCCUGGCACCCACUAGAGAAUUGGCACAGCAGAUACAGAAGGUAGUUAUGGCAUUAGGAGAUUACAUGGGUGCCUCCUGCCAUGCCUGCAUUGGGGGUACCAACGUGCGUGCUGAGGUGCAGAAGCUGCAGAUGGAAGCUCCCCAUAUCAUCGUGGGCACCCCAGGCCGUGUGUUUGAUAUGCUUAACCGCAGAUACCUGUCUCCCAAAUACAUCAAGAUGUUUGUACUGGAUGAAGCUGAUGAAAUGUUAAGCCGUGGGUUCAAGGACCAGAUAUAUGACAUAUUCCAAAAGCUCAACAGCAACACCCAGGUGGUAUUGCUGUCGGCUACAAUGCCUUCCGAUGUGCUUGAGGUGACCAAGAAGUUCAUGAGGGAUCCCAUUCGGAUUCUUGUCAAGAAGGAAGAGUUGACUCUGGAGGGUAUCCGCCAAUUCUACAUCAAUGUGGAACGAGAGGAGUGGAAGCUGGACACAUUGUGUGACUUGUAUGAAACCCUCACCAUCACCCAGGCAGUCAUCUUUAUCAAUACUCGAAGAAAGGUUGAUUGGCUCACUGAGAAGAUGCACGCCAGAGACUUCACUGUCUCUGCCAUGCAUGGAGACAUGGACCAAAAGGAACGAGAUGUAAUCAUGAGGGAGUUCCGCUCUGGCUCUAGCAGAGUAUUGAUUACCACUGACCUGCUGGCCAGAGGCAUUGAUGUGCAGCAGGUUUCUUUAGUCAUCAACUAUGACCUUCCCACCAACAGGGAAAACUAUAUCCACAGAAUCGGUCGGGGCGGACGUUUUGGCCGUAAGGGUGUGGCUAUUAAUAUGGUGACAGAAGAAGACAAGAGGACUCUUAGAGACAUCGAGACCUUCUACAACACCUCCAUUGAGGAGAUGCCCCUUAAUGUUGCUGACCUCAUCUGAGGGGCUGUCCUGCCACUUCACCCCAGCCAGGGUUCUCAGUCCUUGGGGGGCUGAGGAGAAGCAGGAGGGGGGAGGGAAGGGAGCCAAGGGAUGGACAUCUUGUCUUUUUUUUUUUC